AUGGAAACAGAGCAGCAGAACAAACUCCCUUUCUUGGACAUCGCCAUUGACAACUCAAACAACCAGCUCACCACGUCGGUCUAUCGCAAACCUACCUACACAGACCAAUAUAUUCAACACCUCUCACACCACCAUCCCCAAAUCAAGAGAGCAAUUGCUGCCACACUUGCGAGACGCACAAACACAAUCUGUAGCCCUGACCUACUGCAACAAGAAGUAGACCACCUGAAGACAACAUUCAUCAAAUACAAUGGUUGUCCUAAGAACCUUGUAGAAACCACUAUAAAGAAAACACUACAAGAUCAAGUUCAGCGUCCUCCGAAACCUGAACCAUCUCUCAUCCGCAUCAAUACCCCAUAUGUUGGGCCCAUCAGCCAACAGACACAACCUUCUCGUCUGGCAAAACCCGCAAAACUUUGUUACGUGCAAAUAGUAAGGGGUGGAAUCAGGCAAUCUCCAACCCAAGAGGCUGUGUACAUAAACUAA